UGGAUAAAUUCUGAGGAGACAAGGGAAAAAAAGAUAGGAUGUCAAGUCCAGAAAGGGAUAACUCUUCACUCCUCUCUCCUGCCUUCCAGCUUCUGUCUGUCUGGGUCUUGUGCCCUGGUUCCCAUUAACAGUCUUAAAUGUCUAGCUGCUUGGACGUUGCAAAGAACGUUCACUACUAUUAUUUUUGUAGUUAAUAUAGUAUUCAGAGGAACUUCUCCCUGCUACCCUAAGGGACUGUGAGCAACCUGUGAGAUACCACGGAUAUCAAAGUGCUUUGGGGAUUUUUAGACAAAACCAUUGAAUCUGUUAUGAGGCCUGAUAACAGGCUCACAGCAUAGUGAGCCAGCUCCUCACACCCCUGCCUCCUACUCACAGUUCUUCCUAUGAGCCCUGUCUCCCUUUUUCCCAUUUUUGCCUGCCUUGGCAGCAGCUCCUGCCCUCUGCCAGCCUAGACCGUGGCCUCUGUGCCCACUUCUGUCCCUCUCCCGGAAUAGGGCAGGUCCAGCAGGCUGGGGUUCUGCCUCUGACGACCCUUUGCCUCCUGCCACUUUAAUCUUGGGUUUCAGACUCAGCUCUUGGUUUUUAAACAGCUCUUUGUGCUGUUUCUAGACUCCCAGCAUCCUUCUGUUCCCCCGCUGACCUACCCCAGAGCCACAAACUCUUGCAGUCCUUGGCUCCAGACUAAGGGGGGGUAGGGAAUGAUCCUUUCCACCGGCAGAAGUGCCCGCCCACCUCAACCAGCCCUCCCUUCCUCCAGUGGCGCCCCAGCUCACCUUCUGGCCCUCCCAUCUUGUCUAUAAUUUUAAUUGCCACUUUUCUUUGGUGUUUUUUGGAAAAUGCUUCUUUGACUUUUGAGUAGGUCCCUUCCCCAAUGGUCUUGCCCAGCUGGUACCCAUUGGAGAGCAGAAAGUCCUCCAUGCUGUCUAGCGCCUCCUUCCUUCCUAUCACCCUCUCAGCUCAUGCUGCCUCUGUGAGGCAGCUCUACUCCACCAUCGCCCUUGGCCUGCUCCUUUUCCCCCCAAGGACUUCAUCCGCAGCUGCCCCCAGCGCUAGAACAUUCUCCGUCUGGACACAGCAGCCACGGGGGGUGGGGAGGGAGAGGGCCAGACAUUUUAAAACUCCGGCCCAAUUGUGAUGUAAAUGUGUGUGACCCUUGGCCAAAAUGGGCAGUGCCCUUACCAGCCCUCACCAGCAAACCCAGCACGGGUUGUCGCCGCCGCGCCCGGUCCCGGAGCCAGGCAGGGAGUCCGCCCGGGGGCGCCCGGGGCGUCUGCGCGCCGCCCGGAGGACGGGCUCCUUUUCGUGGACGCCGCCCCGCGGCUGCCGGGGCUCUGCCCGAACCCAGCGCCAGGGGCCAUGGCAAGAGCCCUCCGGCCCCGGCUCGCGGCCGCGCUGAGUGCCACGGCCGGGGGCUCCCGGCGAGAGAAACGGGCUCUGUGAGGUCAGCGCGCCACGGCCCGGGUCACAAUGCAGCCGCCCCUCGACGCCCGGGCCGUGGCGCGCCGCAGACACCUGCCCGGCUCCGCCUGGACCCGAGCGUCCUCCCGCGCCCAGGGUCGGGCAGCUGCUUCCCGCCCGGGACCGGCCUCGGCCUCCGGCAGAGCACCCCCGGGCCCGGACAUGAGUGCCCAGGAGCCCCCGCAGGGUCGGAGAUUCCCCAUUGAGGCCGGAGACUCCCCUGGCCUUGCCGCCGCCCCCGAGUCCCAGGACAGCCCGGAGCCGGUAGCCACGGAGCACAACCCGGUCAGGCCGCUUCGACGCUGCCCGGGCUGCCACUGCCUGACGCUGCUGCACGUGCCCAUCGACGUCUACCUGGCCAUGGGCGGGAGCCCCCGGGCCCGCGCCACCUGAGUGCGCCUGCGCACGGCGGCUCCGCGGGAGCCGGGCGGGGACGGGGCCGCCGCUGGCCACCACGCUGAGGUCGCGCGCGCCGAGCACGAGACAAUGAUGCACAUUUUAAAAUAAAAGAAUGAUGCACAUUUUAAUAAAGCACAGCAUAAACUGUUCUUUCCA